CCUGGCCUGCCUUCGUUUCGAAGCUGGGACAGGUCUGAGUUCUUAGUUCUUGCAUUAGGUAUUGAUCUCUAACAUACAGAAUGCGAUUUUAGAAGAGAUCUGGGGGUGUUUUGAUUUGCUCCUGCAGCGGGCUAUUGUGUUUGCAUGUAAUAAGUUUUCGGCUCAACAUCGUGCCAAGCAGUGCGCGCAUAUUUGAACACAACCAGGACGCUUAAGGGUUCGUUCUUUUUUUCAGCCUUGGUCGAAGACCUCAGAGGCUGCUCAUGGGAAAUCAGAUUUGUGGUGCGACCAAGUCGCAAGAUGAAGGAUGGGUGCACGAGACCGUCUUCCCCAUGUACGUGGUGAAGAUGGCGGAUCUUCUGCAGAUGAAAGGCACUCCGAAGGAUCAUGCUUCGCUUCUGAAGGAGAAGUUGCUACACCAGUGGGAGCCGGGCAUGUUCGUGCUCUUUGUCUCGCAUCAAUGGCUUUCAAGGCGACACCCAGACCCGUCCGGUCAGCAGUUGGAGGUCUUGCAAUCUGCCUUGCGUGGUCUCAUGGAUGGAUCGCUGCGUUUGAGCCUGGAUGGCUAUUGGGUGCUCUUUGCAGAUGAAACGCAGGCCACCAUGGAGAUUCGUGCCAUGCUCCCGGAGGCCUACAUUUGGUUGGAUUGGCUUGGCGUCCCGCAACUGACCUCCAAAACGGACGAUGCUCCACCGCCUGAGGCAGCAAAGGCCAUUCAGAGUAUUCCUGGAUAUGUCGAGCGAUGCCAUUUGUUUGUGAUCCUCGCUCCGGAGCUCUUUCAUCACGACACUGGAUUGAUUUGCAAUUGCACUUCAUGGCAGUCUCGCGGAUGGUGCAUUUCGGAAUUGCUCUGCCAACAAUUGUCCAGCAAACCGGACACCACGAUCAUCACGCUUCAUUCUGCAAAGCAUGUGGAACUCAGUUCUUACAAGAUCGACUGGGAUGCGGUGUGGCAAAGCCAAUUCACCGUCGAGGACGAUCGGCUGAUGGUUUCAUCACUGGUCCAAAAGUCCGUUGCGAUGAAGAUUCAGCACGAGAGCGAGGCAGGGUCGUUGGCCUAUUUGCGCUAUUUGCUCACCGGGCAAUUCCACUUGAGCAGGAGCCAGAGAGCAGGGUGGGAGAUCGAGGAGUUUCUGAGGCAGUUUCAGUUUUCAAGCCUCCAUGAUGCUGCCACAGAUCAAAGCCCAAUGCCUGGCUUGCUUUGCGCGGUUCUCUCAGGCGAUGUGCAGAUGAUUCGGGUCUUAGUCCAAAACACGGCAGAUGUCAACCUCAGGUGUCACGGCUUGGAAAAGAUUUGCCGUCAGCCCUCGGGCCACACGCCGCUGAUGAUGGCGGCCAGAUGCAAGCAAGAUCCGGUCGUGCUGUCGACGCUGUUGGAGCUCCAAGCCGAUCUCACCGCUGCGAGCCGCUUUGGUGCGCAGGUGAUCCACUGGGUCCAGACGCCCGGACAGGUGCAGGUGCUGGCCAACGCCGGCGUGGACAUGCAAAACUUGACCCGCUUCCGCAACCCUCCCUUGGCCUCGGUGGCCUGUUGGGCGAGCUUCGACACGGUGAAGGAGAUGAUUUUGCACAGGUGCGACGUGAAUCCAUCCAAUGCUGGGAUCCAUCCUCUGCACGUGGUGGCGGCCUUUUCCAAGCGCCAAGCGGCGGAGAAAGCCCAGCUGCUCUUGGAACAUCGCGCGGAGGUGGACGUGCAGCUGUCCACGGCGGGGACCAGUAUUUUUGCAUGCAUCUGCCACAGCUCCCAGAUCAUCUCCUACAUGUAUGACUUCGGAUCCUUGUCGGCUGCCACCAAACUCUUCGGAAGCCUAGAAGGCAUCACACCUUUGGGCAUGGCGGCAUUUUUCGGUGAUCAUUCUUUGACCAGGUGCCUGUUGGAAGCAGGAGCUGACAGAUCCAUUGCCAAUGCCCGUGGCGACCUUCCAUUGAUGUUAGCAAAUGCUCAGGGGCACAGAGCAAUCGUCAGUGAGCUUGAGGGUUUUCAACAGCGUGACAAGGAUCAGCCUUGAGCCACGUCAAAAGAAAAGACUGUGUCACUGUGGCCC